GGCCAGUAAGGAGGUUACCAGGAAGCCACCCCCUGUGGCCACUACCAGGUCCCUUUGGACUGCGAAGAGAGUGUCCCACCCAGCCGGAGCAGAAGCCGAGAUGCCACGUCAGUUCCCCAAACUGAACAUCUCUGAGGUGGAUGAGCAAGUUCGGCUCCUGGCGGAGAAGGUAUUUGCUAAAGUACUUCGAGAAGAGGACAGCAAAGAUGCACUCUCGCUCUUCACUGUCCCCGAGGACUGCCCCAUCGGCCAGAAGGAGGCCAAGGAGAGGGAGCUGCAGAAGGAGCUGGCCGAGCAGAAGUCACUGGAGACUGCCAAAAGAAAGAAAAGUUUCAAGAUGAUUCGGUCUCAGUCCCUGUCUCUGCAAAUGCCGACGACACAGCCAGAUUGGAAGGGUCCCUCGACAGCCAGCCCGGCCAUGUCUCCCCCAACCCCUGUGAUCACGGGCACUGCUUCGCAGCCCACGCCAGGGCCCUAUGCCAUGCCCGAGUUCCAGAGGGUCACCAUCAGCGGGGACUACUGUGCUGGGAUCACCCUGGAGGAUUAUGAGCAGGCGGCCAAGAGCCUGGCCAAGGCUCUGAAGAUCCGGGAGAAGUACGCCCGGCUUGCCUACCAUCGCUUCCCGCGGACCACAGCUCAGUACCUGGGCCACCGGCGGGCUGACACUGCAUCCCCAGAAGAAGGUCUUCCAGACUUCCACCCUCCCCCAAAACCUCAGGAAGACCCCUACUGUCUGGAUGAUGCGCCCCCCAACCUGGGCUACUUGGUCCGAAUGCAGGGGGGCAUUCUCUUCGUGUAUGAUGACAAGACAAUGCUGGAGCACCAAGAGCCCCACAGCCUUCCCUACCCCGACCUGGAGACCUACACCGUGGACAUGAGCCACAUCUUGGCUCUCAUCACAGAUGGCCCCACGAAAACAUAUUGUCACCGGCGACUAAACUUUCUGGAAUCCAAGUUCAGCCUUCAUGAGAUGUUAAAUGAAAUGUCCGAGUUUAAAGAGUUGAAGAGUAACCCCCACCGAGACUUCUAUAAUGUGAGAAAGGUGGACACACACAUCCACGCAGCUGCAUGCAUGAACCAGAAGCAUCUGCUGCGCUUCAUCAAGCACACGUACCAGACGGAGCCAGACAGGACGGUGGCGGAGAAGUGUGGCCGGAAGAUCACCUUGCGCCAGGUGUUUGAUAGCCUGCACAUGGACCCUUAUGACCUCACCGUGGACUCACUGGACGUCCAUGCGGGCCGACAAACAUUCCACCGCUUUGACAAGUUCAACUCCAAAUACAACCCUGUGGGGGCCAGUGAGCUGCGUGACCUGUACUUGAAAACAGAAAACUACCUGGGAGGAGAGUACUUCGCUCGGAUGGUCAAGGAGGUGGCCAGGGAGCUGGAGGAGAGCAAGUACCAGUACUCAGAGCCCCGUCUGUCCAUCUAUGGCCGCAGUCCUGAGGAGUGGCCCAACCUGGCGCGCUGGUUCAUCCAACACAAGGUUUACUCCCCCAACAUGCGCUGGAUCAUCCAGGUGCCACGGAUCUAUGACAUAUUUAGGUCAAAGAAAUUGCUGCCAAGCUUUGGGAAGAUGCUGGAGAACAUCUUCCUGCCCCUCUUUGAGGCCACUAUCAACCCCCAAGAUCACCGAGAGCUUCAUCUGUUCCUCAAAUAUGUCACGGGGUUUGAUAGUGUGGAUGAUGAGUCCAAGCACAGCGACCACAUGUUCUCCGACAAGAGCCCCAACCCAGACAUCUGGACCAGUGAGCAGAACCCACCCUACAGCUACUACCUGUACUACAUGUACGCCAACAUCAUGGUGCUCAACAACCUCCGCAGGGAGCGAGGCCUGAGCACAUUCCUGUUCCGGCCACACUGCGGAGAGGCGGGCUCCAUCACCCACCUGGUGUCUGCUUUCCUCACUGCUGACAACAUUUCCCACGGGCUGCUCCUCAAGAAGAGUCCGGUGUUGCAGUAUCUCUAUUACCUUGCCCAGAUCCCCAUUGCCAUGUCUCCUCUGAGCAACAACAGCCUGUUUCUCGAAUAUUCCAAAAACCCUCUGCGGGAGUUCUUGCACAAGGGGCUGCAUGUUUCGCUGUCCACUGAUGAUCCCAUGCAGUUCCACUACACGAAGGAAGCGCUUAUGGAAGAAUACGCAAUUGCAGCUCAGGUGUGGAAGCUGAGCACCUGCGACCUGUGUGAAAUCGCCAGGAACAGCGUGCUCCAGAGUGGCCUCUCACACCAGGAAAAGCAAAAAUUUCUGGGACAAAAUUAUUAUAAAGAAGGACCUGAAGGAAAUGAUAUUCGAAAGACAAAUGUUGCUCAGAUCCGGAUGGCAUUCCGCUAUGAGACCCUAUGCAAUGAGCUCAGCUUCCUGUCUGACGCCAUGAAAUCAGAUGAGAUUACAGACCUUAACGUAUAGGUCUGGCAUUAGACAUGUAUUUUAACUUCUUCAUUUAACUUCAAGUCUGUUAUGAUUAAGUGGUCAAAUUAGGACUUUCCUUCAUGAAGAGGAUGCUUUUAAAGAACUUUCAAACUAGAGAUUUUGGUUGCACUAUUCACUUUAAGGUCUAACAUGUCCUCUUCUGUCAAUAUUUCUGAGUAAGAAGAUGACUCCUCCUUAGAGAUCUGGGAGUGGGACACUUAUCUGUCCCACUCAUCCCUAAUUUUCCAAAUAUUUCUCUUGAAACUGCUAGGGCUUGCAUUUGGGGGCUUAGAUUUUGGAGGUGGCAUGGUCUCAUGCCCACUGACACGAAGUCUGUGUGGUUCUGCCAUCAGCCUCUAAAGGCCCUGCAGGCUGGUUGGUAGUUGUUCAUUUCAGCCUCUUGCUGGCUGGCUGCCUUAAAAAUCUAUUUCAAACCUCCCUUUCAUAAAGGAGCUACUCUUGAGUGAAUUGAAAUAGAAAAUUUCCUUCUUGACAAUUUAUGUUUUUAAUGAAUUUUAUGAACUAUUUUAUUUAGCUCUCCUCCCGAUUUAGGAAAUCAAAUGUGGACAUGAAAACAAUCUCUCCUACAUUUUGGUUUCCUCAUCUGGAAAGUGAAGGUUUAGAUCAGAAGCAUGCAUUUCAAACGAUGGCUAUGGGUCUUACUCCUGGAGCCACUUCAGGGUCAGGAAGGAGGGUGAAGUGAGGGUCUGAGUACUGUCUUUAUUUCAAAGUGACUCUGUUUUUAACGGGUUUAUAAUGGGGGUGUUGACAAAUUUUCACCUGAACCCAGGAUUUUGCAAAGUAUAUGGCUAUAUGAACUUUACUCCCCUUGUUUCUAAAAUUUUUAUAGUUGUAGGCCAGUUAUUUUCCUUAUGAAGAGUUAAGAUUCAGAGAUGUGAAAUUUGCCUAAGGUCACACAGCACAUGGAAUUUUAAGUGUAGGACUAGAAUUAGGUUUUUCUACUAAUCCAGUCCUCUCCUUACACUAUUCCAUUAGGCCUAACAGUUAGUUUUUUUUUUUUAUACCACUGUGACCCUGUGAAUUUUUUUUUUAAAGGAGAAAUUCCUUUUUAAUCUAAUAUAUAGACUUCCUUAGUCUAUAAAGUGUAGGAACCACUUCCUCAGACAGGGUCCAAGGGGCAAAUAAGAAAGCAUUUCUAAAGACCAAUUUGACUUUACACUUCAACAAAGUACUUCAUCUGUGUUACUAGUGCCUGGUUCAUAGUGGGUGCUCAAUAAACAUAUAUAAACUAAAUAAAUUUCUUUUUUGGCAACUUUUUAAGGAUAUGUGUUCUGAAUAUUCAACAAAUUGCUCAAGUAUCUUCCUAUUUCUGUGGGCAAAUUCAGGAAGUCCUGAAUCAUUAUCAAGUAGAACCUGAUUUUUGCCUGAGAAAAUGCUUCAUUGAUUUGAGAUUCUCUUGUCCUGUGACUUUAUACCUGUCUCCUCCAUUGUCAUGUGAGCACAUGGAAUUUUAAGUGUAGUCUUUUUAUUAGACAAACAUAAUAUGUAAUCUUGCAUACUUAUUAUGAAAUUGAAUGAAAACUACCAUUUAUCUUAGGCAUCAUUUUUGAAGUCUCCAUUUGUAUACAUCUGCCCUAAUUAAGUAUUGUACAGUUUUUCAUUGCCAUUUUAUCUGUGUCAAAUAUGUGUUUUUAAUUAUGAAAUAAAAUCCUUUAGGACCAUGGCUCAGUAAUUUAAAACUAU